CCACCGUGACACGCAUGUCAGACUAGCAACUCCUUAAACGGCUUUUACUUUUUGAUCAGUUUACGUGUCUGGCGGACGUAAGUGAAACCGGAAGUAAGCUGGAGUGAUUGCUCUCGCUUCAGUUCACUCUUCUCUGUGGCUGCCAGUAUGGUCGUACUAAAAGGAAUCCCCUCCGUUUUAUCACCUGAGCUGCUGUAUGCUCUCGCUAAAAUGGGCCACGGGGAUGAACUGGUUCUUGCUGAUGCAAACUUUCCAGCAUCCUCCAUUUGUGUUUGUGGUCCAAAAGAGAUAAGAGCUGAUGGUCUGGGAAUCCCAAAGCUUUUGGAGGCCAUUUUGAAACUGUUGCCCCUGGAUUCCUAUGUCCCCUCUCCGGCAGCAGUCAUGGAUCUGGUAGACAGUGACAAACAGAGAUGUUUGGCUGUCCCUGUGUGGGACAGCUACACACACCUCCUGAGUCAGGCUGGGUCUCAGACUCCUCUUGAGAAGGUGGAGCGGUUUGCUUUCUAUGAACGGGCCAAGAAAGCCUACGCUGUUGUGGCAACAGGGGAAUCAGCUCUGUAUGGUAACCUGAUACUGAAGAAGGGGGUCAUCCCUGAUGAGCUGCUAUAUUGAUGCACACAAACAUUUUAAAGUAAUGAUGAUCUAAUGAUUUGAGUCAGAACUGUAAUUCUUUCUAGUGAAAAUCAGGAGAAGUUGAGUAUUUUUGCAUAAAACCCAUUUAAAACUUUGUUCUAAAUUAAAUGUAUACUGUGAAUAGGAUCUGAUAAAUCUCCAGUCCACAUGGAACAGAAAUUAUCUUGUAUUUUGUAAAUAACUUCUGUUGUACAUGCAUUUGAAUGAAUAAAACACAUUAAGUCUUUAA